AGUUCAGCGUGUGCUCUUCCGCUCUGCCUUCGCUAAGCAUCGGUGGAGAGCUGCAGAUGCAAUUAACUCAUUUCCAACUGCAAACUCUGCAUUUGAGUUGAAAGAUGGUGAACCAUAGGAGGACAGGACGCAGGGGUCGCGUGGAACCGGACGUGAAGGAGGGGGUCUGCGGUAAAGACGCCCAGUCCUCACAGGUCAAGGAUGCUGACCAGCCCAAUGAAGACCAUGAUGAUGAUGAUGAUGAUGAUGAGCUGGAUGAAGAGUCCAGUUCCAGUACUGAGGGAGAGGAUGGCUCACCACCACCAAAGAGACGCAGGCAAAGCGGUCCGCAACCAGCCCAGCCCACCCAGUCAUGGAAGACCGAGGAGGACACUGAUGAGGCUUCACCGGAACUGGCAUUCCACCCUGCAAGGACCCCUGGCGUCCAGAUGAGUUCAGCAGACACCCACACCCCACUGGACCUGUUUAAACUCUUUUUCACAGAGGACGCUGUCAAGACUUUGUGUGACAACACUAACAAACAAGCGGCAAUUAAUGUGACAAAAGGCAUCAAGUAUAACGCCAAGUGGACUGAUGUUGGCGUCAGCGAGUUGUACAAAUACAUAGGACUGAUAUUCUACAUGUCCGUGAUAAAACUGGACCGCAUCCAUGAUUACUGGCGGCAGAAUAACAUUUUCUCCAUACCAUUCCCAGCCACUGUGAUGAGCAGGGAGAGGUGUAGAAAUAUCUCCGGGAAUGUUAAAAUGAGUGAUCCACACAAGGACCAGGAAAAUGACAAGAAGAGGGGAACACCAGAACACGACAGCCUGUUCCAAGCGAAACCUCUGCUGGACACGUUCCGAACCACAUGCAAAGCCUUAUAUCACCCUCACAAGAACCUAGUCAUGCAUGACCGCACUUCAGCAACCAACAACUUCAGGUUAUUUGUGCUUGCUGAUGCAAGCAACGGAUACAUAGUAGAUUUUGCUGUGUUUACAGGAAAGCACAGCCGACACAUGGGGCGAAAAGUUUCGUAUGAUGCUGUGAUGUCACUUGUGGACCAUUCCUUCUUGGGUUCUGGCUAUCAUGUUUACAUGGAUAGCUUCUUCACAAGCCCAAAGCUCUUCAGGGCCUUGCAUGGGCAAAACGUUGGUGCUUGUGGUAUGCACAGUUAUGCAAUAAAGAACUGCCCCCGCAGCACAUCUAACGCGCUGACCAAGAGUUCGGACAGAGGAGCCAUCAGAUGGCUAAGGGACGGUCCUCUGCUGUUUGUGAAGUGGAUGGAUGCAGAAGAAGUGUCUGUCUGCUCCACGAUACACACAGCUUACACUGGGGACACAGUGCAGCGGCCCGUGAAGCCAAGAAACGGUGCUUCCACAACCGAGACUUACCCAUGCCCCUCACCUGUUGUGGACUACAACAAGUACAUGGACGGCGUUGAUGUGUCAGACCCACUGAAUCAGUACUUCGCAACACUGCACAAGACCAUGGAUUGGAACAGGAAGUUGUUUUUUCAUUUCCUGGACAUGGCUGCCAGGAACGCAUGCAUCAUCUACAACGAGCUGGUCGCUCAACGGCAGCAAACACCGCUGACCUACAAGGCCUUCAUGAAGGAGCUGACUGCGCAGCUGUGUGAGGUGUCAAACAAGGGGACUCAUCACAAACAGGUUAGCAGUGACCACGUGCCUGUUCCGGUGGCAAAGCUGUGUCCCGAUGCCAGGCGUCAACCUAAACAGGUUCGUCACACCUGUGUGCUGUGCAGGAAGAGCAAAGGCAAGAGACACCACACGGCAUGGAGGUGCAAGGGCUGUGAUGUUUCCCUCUGCCUGCUGUUGGGCAGGAACUGUUUUGAGGAAUGGCACAAAGCCACUUGAACUAUUUCCCCAUGACUACUUGUGACCUUGAACUAUUUCCCCAUGACUACUUGUGACCUUGAACUAUUUCACCAUGACUACUUGUGACCUUUAAUGCAUGCACUUCCUCCUGUUGUGUGUAUGUGCUAUAGUAUUUGUUUUUGUUGACUUGUGCAUGUGUGUGCAUAAUUGGUAAGCUUUUUAUAUAUAAAGUUUGAAAACUAUUUUUGGUGUUAUUUCAAUACAUUUUUAGUUUAAAAACUAGCACCAGAGAGCACCAAAAACAUACAAAAAUGUGUUUGCAUUUGUCCUCUUAUGCGCUUUGACUUUCUGAUGAGCAUGAGGAAGUUCUGGUGCGCAUGUGAAUGUACCUAGUGCACACACUAAACUCGAAAACAAUAUUUCAUGUGCAUGUCCCUAGGCACUUCA